CAGUGCAGUCGUGUUAUAUUAAAAAAUGCCGAUACUUUCUUGUAUUAUUUGUUCAAAAAGAUCGCAACCGCUGACGCUAUUAACAGAUAUUACUUUAAAUAAGUGCAAAAAUGUGUUAGCAGUUCGCCAGAAGAACAAUUUAUCAUGUAAAGAUCUGGUAUUACCAACAACAAUAACCGAGAACCACGGGUAUCAUCGAACGUGCUACCAGCGUUUUACUGCGUUGCCGCCUGAAUACAGAUUAGUAUCAUCGGCAGAAAAUUCGGAAGUGAAUUUUGAAGCAUCAACGUCAACUGCAUCAAGUUCAAAUGUUGAGACCGAUGAAAGAAGGCUAGAAAAUGAAGAGAAAGAAAGUUCUAAUGUUGAGGUCGAUGCAGUAGAUGAAAAUAAUGAAAAUUUAGAUUCUGAUAUUAAUCUUUCGGAUGUUCAGAGUGUUCAUACCGUAUUUGAUAAUAGUAUUUGCAUCAUUUGUGUACAAAUUAGGAAAAGAGUUAAGGGUCGAACUGUACAGCUGCAUUUAUGUCAAAAAGAAACAAUAAAAAUUUUAAAAUCUUACGCGGCAGAAGAUGAUAAUAUUGAUUUACUUCACAGACUUAAAAACUGCGAAUCUGAAAAUAAAGAAGUGCGAUAUCAUAACUGUUGCAAGAAAGAUCUAUUGUAUCGGAUACAAUCUAAAAAUAAUGAAAAUCGCGAAAAAACAGAAUGGCAUCAAAAACGCCAUAUUCAUAAAACUGCAUUCGAAGUCGUAUCAGAUUACGUGUUAGAAAACGUUAUAAACUUAGGUAAAUGUUGUUUUUUAAAUUUUUUGAAAGACAUGUAUAUUGAAUAUGUAAAAACGAAAUUCAGAGAUUUUGAUGGUACGAUUGAACUUCGAGAUUUGGAAGAAAGAUUGCUGAAAUUAUUCCCAAGGAAAAUUGCAGUCGUAAUGUUAAACAAAAAAAAAUUGUCAAGCCAUUUAAUGGAGUUUUACUUCAAGAUAGUUUACAUGAUAUUGAAAAAAGGGACAUUUUAAAUAGAACAGCUAUGAUUUUAAGAACGGAAAUUCAAAAUAUUGUACACAAACCACUUCCUAAUAAAAUAACUGCAACUAAUAUGGUAGCAGGAGAAUGUGAAAUUCCACAACUUGUCAAAGAUUUUUAAUAAAAAAUAAACAUGCCUGCUCUUCAAAGCAACUUACAAAUAAGGAUCUUAGCUGGCACUGGAAAUAAUAGAAGAUAUCUUGAUGUCAAUAAAUUGUUUGAGAAACUGGGUGAACAAUUGUGUUUAGCACUUCCAGCUUUUCACGCCUUAACAGGUUGUGAUUAUAAUCCUGCUUUCUAUAGAAAAGGAAAAAAAAACCGCUACAAAUAUUACGGAAAUCUUCAAAAUAUAUAGAAGCAUUGAUUAGCAUUUCCAACUUAACAUCUGAAAACUUGGAAGAAAACGAUUUCACAGAUUUGGAGGAAUUCGUUUGUCGAAUAUAUGGACAUAAUGCAAUCAAUGAAAUUAAUCUGGUACGCGUAGCUACGUUUAUGAAGGCAUAUAAAAUCAGUGAAAGAGAAGAAAUCUUGAAAAUUGAUCAAAACUUUGAAGGAUCCAUGCUACCUCCUUGUAAGUCUGAAUUACGACAACAUUUUCUGCGAACUUCGUACAUAGCUCAAUUAUGGAACCAUGCUCAUCUUCCUACGUCAACUUUGUUUUCGCCAACUGAUUUUGGAUGGGAGGAACAAGACGAUAAAUAUAUUUUCAAGUGGUUUGAAGGCGAACAGUUGCCAAAAAUAGACAGUAUUACAAAUGAGAGCGGAAAAAUAA